AAACGCACUCUACAAGUCGACCACGGGCAUUGAAGAACGAACCCCAGAAAGGAAUCCCAUCACGCAGAAAAGGGUCGGUCGGAGUAGUUUCGUCACGAAAACAGAUCCUCAAACUGGAGCAGGAUUUCAGGAAGAUGCAAGAUCGAAAACAGGGAGCCAAAUCCGUUGGUGUGCGCACCAACUUCCACCUCCAGUUCAUUACAACGUUCACCUCGGAUACUCCUGGGACCAGUCUGAUAUUGCACUUCGACAACAAAAGGUACAUAUUCGGUGAGCUGUGUGAGGGCACACAGAGAGCAUGCAUAUCACGAGGGAUCGGGUUGCGGAAAGUCCGAGGUGUGUUUCUCUCAGGAAAGACGGCUUGGAGCAAUGGAGGGCUCAUAGGACUUAUUUUGACCAUGGCCGAUGUACAGCACGGGGAGGUUGAGAGUGAAGGUUCUACGAGACGGCCUCGACUCAACAUCUAUGGUGGGCCGAAACAGCAACAUUCGUUAGCCUGCGCAAGACGAUUCGUGUUCCGCACUGGAAUGCCACUGUCUGUCCACGAAAUCAAUGUCCAAAAGAGCGCUGAAGAACCUACUCUGGUCCACGAAGAUGAAAAUAUUCGUGUGUGGGCCAUAUCUGCGGAGUCUGUAACGUCUACUGCUGCUGAGCCCGAAGAUCAAUACGAGUCAGACGCUGAUGUAGAGCCUGAGCGAACCGACAUCGACGAAUCACGAGUAUCUGCCGACCAGAGCCUGCGAAAACAUAUCGUCAAUAAUAUGUUCGAUUCCGAUUGGAAAAGGGACCGGCUCGUCGAAUGCAAACUGAAGGACAUCAAACUCCCAGCUCUGGUAUGGGUCAGGGAUCCGGAAACGAAGACCUUGACCUCUUACACCUGCGUUGGUCCAGACAACAUCGGUCCCCUGACCAUGGAGACUGACGUGUUGGUUCGAACUCCCUGGCCAGCCUCGGAAGUUCAGGAGCUCCCAGAGGCCUCGGGUCUGCCGACCAAGGUCGCAACAUCCUACAUUAUCAAAGGCCAUGCUCAACGCGGGACCUUUGAUCCCGCCAAAGCGGCAAGCCUGGGCCUCAAGCCUGGACCGCUCUACGCACGGUUGGUUGCAGGAGACACCGUUGAGAAUGACGCUGGACAAACCAUUAGUCCCGACAUGGUCCUUACACCGACCCGGCCAGGAAGAGGCGUUGCCAUAUUUGAUGUCCCGUCAGUACGCUACCUUGCAAGUCUUGAGCAAAGGUUGGAAGCUUGCAACGAUCAGCUCUUCGACGGACUCGAAGCCGCCAUCUGGAUAACGCGUGGCUCUGUGCCUUACAGCGACCGAUUCCGGCAACUGCUGGGCAUGCACAAGGACAUCAAACACGUCGUUUCACACCCCGAUCUGUGCAAGGACUACAUCACACAAGACUCCUUCUCUAUCUCGUCUAUCCGCCUGAAUAACGUUGCCUCAGAGUUCUUUGCAGUCCCGCGCUAUGAUAAUACACAUGCUUAUCGUCCUGUAGCGGCCACCGCCUCACAGGAUAUAAGGGAGCUGCUCGCCAUCAAGGACUCAGGUAUCGAUGUGCUGCCUGCGAAAAGAGGGCUCAGAAUUCAUGUUGAACCCACCUUUGCUUUGGACGAAACUGAAGUUCCAGGCACCUUGGAUUUGGCUUCUUUGAAUAUGCCUAUUGAAGAGCGAGUUCGGGAAUGUCUGCCGGAAGAUAUGUCUCCGUACCGCAGGACCCAGCCAGCCUCACUGGCCUUAGACCUGGAUGAACCGGAAAUCGUCACUCUUGGUACUGGCUCUGCGGCUCCCUCGAAAUACCGGAAUGUCUCUGCGGUACUGCUUCGCAUGCCAAAUAAGAUGGGAACAUACCUCUUCGACUGUGGAGAAGGGACACUGGGGCAGUUGCAACGAUUAUACACUCCCGAGCAGAUGGACGAGCUUCUAUUCAACCUCAAAGCUAUCUGGAUAUCACAUUUGCACGCCGAUCACCAUUUGGGCACGAUAUCAAUUCUUCAAGCGGCCGUAUCAGCCGGAAAACGAUUGUCGGGUCCAGACAGGCCGCAACCUGCACCUCCAUGCUUGAUAUCCGAAAUUAACAUGAUGGACUAUAUGAACGAUUACCAUUCUGUACUUGGUGUUUCCACGGAAACGCUUUGUACUCCCGUCGCAUGCCACUGGACAGAAGGCAUGUCCUUACGAGGCAAGCCUUUUGAUUUCUCACAAACGGACGUUCCCAUCAAGGAUCUGCGGACGGUCAAAGUCAAUCAUUGUCACGGGGCACAGGCAAUAUCAGUCACCUUUUCCAAUGGCUUCAAGUUCUCCUACAGCGGCGAUUGCCGACCGAACGAGGCAUUCUGCACCAUUGGGGCUGAUUCGGACGUUCUCGUGCACGAAGCAACGUUCGACGAUGGUUUGGACGGUGAUGCCAGGGCGAAGAAGCACUGCACAACCGGCGAGGCUGUUGGCGUCGCGCUGAAGAUGCGAGCCAAAAACCUCAUCCUCACGCACUUCAGUCAAAGGUAUCAAAAGCUACCUGUUCUCAGCAGCGUUAAGAUGCCGGAGCACAAUCAAGAGGAUGAACUCGAUGACGACGUUGACGGAGAGAUGGCUACUGGUCCCACGACUAUUUCGGAAGACGCACCAGUCCAGUCGACCGAUGCUUCGGCGUGGGUAGAGCAUGAUUCCACCCGUGAUCUGAACAUUGGCGUGGCAUUCGAUCUGAUGCGCAUCAAGAUUUCCCAGAUUGCAUCGUUCAAGAAGCUACUCCCCGCGAUCUCGAAGAUGUUCGAGAUUGAGGAGGAAAAGCGCGACCAACAACGGCGCGAGGCCGCGGCGGUCGUGCAGGCCGAGCAGGAUCGCAAGAUGGCGGAUAAAUUGGCCCGACAGGAGGCCAACAGGAAGAAAUUCCAGGAGGCGACGGGCAAGAAGAAGAAAGAUACGAGGAAUAAGAGGAAACUGGAUGACGGGACAAAUAAGCCCACAGCAGAUACCAAUGCAAAGGCGACGGAGAAUGGAAGUGCAACAGACCCAAUGAGCGUGGCUGCCAUCACGCACCCAAUGGAUGUUGACACCGACCGGUGACGGUACACUCGCGCAACGCAAUGGAAGCGGCGACCAGAAAGCCUCAGGGGCUAAUGUGCUCGCAGAGGACGUGCAGGCCAUCGCGAGUCCUGAGAAAAAGCGCAAACUGGACAAUCUGUCCGCAGGAACAAUUGACUGAGUAGUAUCAGGUCAAUCAAGAGCUGGCAACAUUUGGGUUCAGCGAAAAGGGCAACUACUCAUUCUUUUGGGCAACGAACUAAGGGACCAUAGAACUGAAGAAGAUGGCUUGCACGUAAAUGUCUCGAUACGGGGAUCGAGGGUCACAGAAGACAACAUCUACACUGUAAAACAGGUAGGCCCAAUAGAGCCAGACGUGCUAUCUGUGACUACGGCACAAGCCAAUGU